AACUGGAAGUUUUAAUUUGAAAACUCCUCCUGUUCUUAAGCAGUUGGUGGGGUGGCUGUGACGGCCCCACCCUUCGAGUCAGGGUCUCUCUCGGGAUGGAGGCCCCAGCUCCAAACCGUCAAUCCCGAAUUUUGGGCCGCUCCUCCAUGUUCCGCUUUUUCCGUAGCCUGGUGGGGAACAAGGGCAGCCCAAAGAGCUCUGACAAGACCCCGAUAGGGAGUCGGACAUGCCCCUUGCGAGAGCAAGCCGCCACCCCAUUGGUGAUGAACCGUCAUGGAGGGGUGGGGAGGAAGGAGCCAAAGCCAUCCACCACACUACCCUACAUGCUGUCUGUGGCCUUGCCACGGCAGGACCCCUUGGGGCUAGGGAUGGGGGACACAGGGGCCCAGACCCCUACCCCCACGGAAGUCCUGAGGGUGGGGGCCCAGGGUGUAGAGGUGAAGCCUGUCCUGCCCAGGAGAAGCCAGGAGGUGCUGGGCAACCUGUCUGGGAAAGAGGAAAUGGAAGAAGAGAAGGAGGAGGCGGUAGGGGAGGCCUCCGGGGAUACAGAGACCUCAGACAGGGGCCACUUUGCCCAAGUUUUGGAGUUGGAGCAAGGAUGCCUGCAGAGGGCCAUGGGGCCACUGGAGGUCAGCCCCGAGACCUUCACCAAGGAGGAGGAGAAGGAGUGUCUGCUUGACGGAGACCUCAGGCUGGCCUCUUCGAAGGUGGGGACAACUCCUUGGAACCGCCGCCUCCUCACCUUGUACAAGCAGCUUCAGAAAUCAGCCGUCGCCAAGUUUCCUCUCAAGGAAGGCUUGCCUGAUGAGGAGAAAGGCAAGGAAGAGGAAAUGGAGGAAGAGGACAGCUCAUUCAAGGUCUGUGUCCCAGGCAUUGUCACCCUGCAGUCACCGCUGCAUAAGACUUUUAGGUCAACAGAUACAGUGGGUUUCGUGGAGUCGGAGUUAAAGAAGCUUUUGGUAGUACAACGGGAGUCCCGCCUCUGGAAGAUGGGCAGUCAUGAGGGCCGGGAGCUGCUGACCCAGCCAGAGAUCACCCUGGAGGAGGCAGGCAUUGUGGACGGCCAGGUAGGCCUGGCCUGUCCCGACCACCACCCCCUGCGUGAAGGCACUAGAGAGAGCGGGGCCUCCUACCUCCAUCGGCUCCUGGCCCUGGCUCCAGCCUCCCACUGUCUGGCACCUGCUCCUGGAGGAGAUGGACGAGAUGGGAAACUGGCCUCCAGAGUGAAGCUGGUGCUGGCCCUGAGUCUGCCCUGCUCCCAGAUCCCUUCAACCCGAAUAGAGCUUUAGCCUCCCUCUUCUGAGGGCACAUCCAAGGAGCCCCUGGGGCCAAGGGGUCUUGAUAUAAAUGGAAUCCAUGUGUCUGCAGGGUGGGCCUGCCCAGCAGAAUGUUCCUACCCAUCAGACUCAGGCCUGUGAUAGUAAUAAAACCCACUUUGACUUUU